GUAAUUUCUUUCUCUGCGUUUUCAUCUUACAAAUCCAUUUACCUACUUGCAGGUGUCCAAGCGUGGAGCAGGAAAGAAGCAUAACUGAACAUGGUUACAGGUUAAAUGCAUCUAGAAAAACUUGCUACUACAUGUGAACUAAUCAAUUUUCAGGAUAAUACUAGAGAUCUUUUAAUGAUCUUACCUGCCAGUGCUACUGCUACUACACGCGAACUCACAACAGCCUGACAUUUUAAAACAUAAAUAGAUGUCUACAAGAAAGUUGACCUCUUCUGAUCAAGGACAGAAGGCUGGCUGUGACAACAAGAUGGACAUGGUCUUUCUCAAAGGCCUCUCUUUGCCCAUAUGUGCAGAAGCCGGCCGGCCGGCGGAUGGUUAAACUAACCAUGUGAAAUGUGAAGCUACGAUGGUUCCAAUAGACAGCAACAUACUGUACGAUGUAGUUGCUGUCUUCACAUGGAAUGGAUGGAUGGCGUAGGAAAUGAUAUACCCACUUCAAAUCCAAGAUAUUGUCACUGCACCAUCAGGAACAGCAUACACUCCACUAUGGCUGCCACACCGGAGGAGUUGUUGGGCCUCGCCGAGCCUGCACCACUGUCCCCCUCCCUCUUCCUCGACCUUCCUCCAACGACCCAUGGUGACUCACAGAAUGACCUGGCCCUGGAAUACAUUUCGCGCAUGCUCACGGAGGAGGACAUCGUCGACAAGUUCUUCUACCAGUACCCUGACCACCCGAAGCUCCUGCAGGCGGAGCAGCCCUUUGCCGAGAUCCUCGCCGACACCUCAUCAUCCGCCGCCCAGGAGUCCUUUGCCUCCUCCACCUCCAUAUUGAUGCCCAGCCAAGGAAACAACACGGACUUCAUGGUCUCCGGGUGCCAGGUACAGGAUCCAGUCUUCUUGAACGGCACAGGCACGGUGGAGCCCAAUAGUAUGGUGUUUCCCAGCGAGAGCAGCACCAGCAUGAACAUGCUGUCGAGCAUGGAAUUCUUCAAAGGCAUGGAGGAGGCCAACAUGUUCUUGCCCACAGACGAUGUGAUGGUGGAUGGUAGGGGGCGUAAGAAGAGGUCUGGCAUGGAUGGUGAGGCGGAGGCGGGCUUGGGCAGGAGCAGCAAGCAAAUAGUGCUGCUGCUGCAUAGUACUACUACCUUGGAGGAGGAGGAAGCCACCGCGCUGGAGAUGUUGGACCGGCUCAUCCUCAACGGCUACGAAGCAUGCCCGAGCGAGAUGCAGGAGGUAGUACGUGUCACCUGGGAAGACAAGGAGGACAAGGCAGCACGGCAGAGCAUCUCCAGGCGUGGGAGGCGCGGGGCGAGGCAUACAGUGGUGACUGACCUAGAGACUCUGCUGACCCGCUGUGCAGAAGCAGUGGUCAGCAACGACGUGCGUGGCGCGGGCAAGCUGCUGGAGCGGAUCAAGUGUCACUCGUCGCCGACGGGGGACGCUAGGCAGCGGCUGGCGCACUACUUCACCCAGGGGCUGGAGGCACGGCUGGCUGGCACGGGGAGCCGACUGUACAGAUCGCUCAUGGGGAAGCGCACCUCAGCCGUGGAGCUCAUCAGGGCCUACCAUCUGCACACGGCCGCGAGCUGUUCGAUCAAGGUGGGGUUGCUCUUUUCCACCAACACCAUCUACAAGGCCGUUGCAGGGAGGAGGAAACUGCACAUUGUGCACUACGGCAUCAGCACCGGGUUUCAGUGGCCGGACUUGCUCGGGUUACUGGCGAAUAGGGAGGGUGGGCCACCAGAAGUGAGGAUCACCGGCAUCAACACCCCUCAGCCCGGGCCCUGUCCGGCUGCACUAAUGGAGGAGGCAGGGCACCGGCUCAACAAUUACGCAAGCCAGUUCGGCGUGCCAUUCAAGUUCCACGCCAUCGCAUCCAAGCCGGAGGAUGUCCGGGCUGAGGACCUGCACAUCGAUCCAGAUGAGGUCCUGGUCGUGAGCAGCCUAUACGAGUUCAGGACCUUGAUGGACGAGAGCCUCACCUUUGACAUGGUAAGCCCAAGGGACAUGGUACUCAAAACUAUCAGGAAGAUGAGGCCGUCUGUGUUCAUCAGUUCCGUCGUCAAUGGACCAUACAGCGCGGCGUUCUUUAUGACGCGGUUCCGCCAUGCGCUCUACUACUUCACGGCGUUGUUCGAUGUUAUGGAGACCACCGUCCCAUGGGAUGGCGACAAGAGACUUCUGGUGGAGCGGGACAUACUUGCACGGUCCGCCAUAAACAUGAUCGCCUGUGAAGGCACAGACCGGGUGGAGCGCCCUCAGAACUACAAGGAGUGGCAGGCGCGGAACCAGCGAGCGGGGCUAAGGCAGCUGCCAUUGGACCCUGAUAUUGUUCUGAUUCUCAAGGACGAAGUGAAGAAUCGGUACCACAAGCAUUUCAUGAUCUGCGAGGAUCAUCGGUGGCUUCUGCAAGGAUGGAAAGGCCGGGUGCUCUAUGCCCACUCCACAUGGGCAGCUGCUGAUGCUACUGGUUCUCUAGUGUGAUGGACUGAAAGUACCGAUAGACACGACCUCCAUCAGUGUUUGAUGGUCUGUUGUAGUACCAGAAGUGUGUUUGCUCCUCUUUUGUAUCUGUAACUUAGUAACAGAAACCAUUAUCAGAUUGUCUGAGUGGCCCCUGUUUGUUCUAAGCUGCUGUGAGCACACAUAUAUCUGUUUAAUAAACAUGUACAGUUGCCAUGAUACUAUGUGGAAUCCCUGCAUGACAACAUCCAAAUAGUGCCUAUGCAUUAUAUCUGUCUACACAAAAUAACAUCCUAAUAGCCAGUCAUAUGCGAACAGUGAGCAUGGAUGAGAUGCUCAGGUUCUUUGUGGUGAAACCAGCCCACCAGAGAUAAAUUCUUAGACUUGCCACUGGCGCUCGCUUUUCCUGAAUUUAUUUCAGGCUUUGUUCGUUCAGUUUUCAUAGUGCCUUUUGUGUCAGGUUGCAGAUUCAGUUUAUGCAGACUUAUCUCAUAGUGCUUUUUGUGUUUAUUGAAUUCUGGGGGGUAAUGUGUCUGGCAUUUUUGUCAGUUUUCUAUGCUGAUUAAGGGGAUUAUGAGACCUACUCAGGGUUUUUUUCUCAUGAGAUGUAAUCAGUUCUAUGCAGAUUCAGUUAAGUGUGUUUUUCCUGGGAGGGCAUUUAGUGUAUGUAUUGUUAUCUUCUUUCUCAGCAGCAGUUAGGGAGAAUUCCUCCAAAUAUGUUAUGCCAUAAUACAUCCCUCCGUUCCUAAAUGUAAGUCUUUUUGAAGAUUCCACUACAAACUACAUACAGAUGUAUAUGGACAUAUUUUAGAGUGUAGAUGCACUCAUUUUGCUCCGUAUGUAGUCCAUAGUGGAAUCUCUACAAAGACUUAUAUUUAGGAACGGAGGGAGUAGAUAAUAGUAUAACAAGCAGUAAUGCAGGGGGCGAUGCAGGAGAAUAGUGGCUUCAUGAUCCUCAGGUCAUUCAGUAUGUGUUUGUUACCUUUUUUUCUCAGCAGUAGCAAGGAGGGAGCUCGCACAUUACAUGUGUUUAGAUCUUAGUGAAUGAUUCUAAUGGCAGCCAGUUCCUUUGUAUUUCCUUAUUUAGAGAACGGGUUUGCUGCAGGACACGAUGUCUGCACUUUCUUGUUUAAUAUGUUCCUGCAGUGUCCUCUGAAUGUUUUUUAUGCGAACUUUUGUUUCAAGGGGUGUUUAUAUUUGAUUAGUACUUAAUCAUUUUGAGGCAACGUCUCACUAGCAUAGUAAUGUUUAUAUGGUUCUGUUGGCCUUAUUCUUUGGCUGUUCAUUACCUAUGCUGCUAGUAAAUCUCCCAUUUUACAUUCCAUCUAUCCGCUACAUAACAUGUGCUUUUUUGUUUCUGCAGAAAGGUCUAGGGACUCUACGGCUCAGAGCCUCAGAGGUCAUCGAGCGGUGGCUACCAACCCAACUACGACCCUUCUUCCUUUGCGCUUCCUUUUUAUUUCCCUCCAGGACUCCAGGUUGGACAUACUCAUUCUUGGCAUCCUGCAAAUUUGCAACCAUUUAACAUUUUUUGUUCAUACUCAGCCAAAAGUAUAUAUUGUGAACAUGCUGAUCAAGGGCAUCCUGAAAGAUUUGAGCAUUACUACAUUAGUAAUUUUGAUUGGCAUAACUCUGUAAUCUUUAUUUCAGUCAAAUUCAGUUUUGUCCUCUUCUUAGUCUCAAGUUCAUUUAGUUUUACUUCUUUACUUUCUUAUUUAUGUCUUCAGUACUUGUCAUUUUUAGCUUGGAUUCCUCAGUUUAUAGUAUUUUUUUUCUUCAGUCAAUUUUGUUUACAAGUUUUCAGUCCCUUCUUUUCGGGCAUUUCUUGUUAUGAUAUUCUUAACAUUUAAUUCAUCUUAGUUUCUUAACAUUUGUUUUUCUUAACGUUUAAUUCGGUUAUCUGCGUCCUGACAUUUUUUUGCAGACCUUUAGUCAUUUGUUUAUAUUCAAUUAUGUACAGUUACUUUUUGUAUUAUUCAGUUUGAAUUUUGUUCAGUUUUUGUUUGCAUUAUCUCUUAGGUUUAUUUCUUGAGUCAUUAUUCAGCGUUCUUUCUUCAUUACUCAUUCGCACAUUUUUUGUUCUUUCCACUGCUUGAAGUGAUUGCGACAACUACGAAGGCUCAGGAACAGCCCUGAAAAAACACAGUAAGAGAGUCCAAUCUCUGAAAUAUACCAUUUGAUCUCCUAAGUAGUAGUAGUAGUAGUAGAAGGCUUGGCAGUGGUCCAAAUCUUGCACAUUUACGGGGAAAGGUACACGAUGAAUUUUCGGAGUCUAUAGGGGAAGAUUCCACCAGCCCCGUAUUUCUUCAGUUCAAUUCAGUGUUCUUCUUUUAGUCAUAUUCAGUGUUAUUUUGUACAGUCAUAUUCAUUGUAUUGUACUUACAUCCACUCAGUUUUCCCCUUCUAAAUGAAAAGGCAACCCACCUCAUUUUCCC